GGGACCGGACAGACUUGUGUGUGGUAGUUAGUGGAGGUUGUCCGGUUUAGUCUCGUUGUUUUAUUUGUUUUCCUCGCUUCUAUAAAAAUGGGAUUCUGACAUCAGCCGGGCAGCGGGCGCCGCCGGCUCCUCCUGACCGGAAAAUGAAGCGUCUCUGUCGGAGGCUGGCGGUGACCGUGGCGGUGCUGGUGUGGCUGGGAGCGCUGGUUUACCUGCUGGUGUUAAGCCGGAGGAGGCUGCCGGAGCUCGGUAAUGGAGCAGUGGGAGGAGGAGGAGGAGCAGCGGGAGGCGGAGAGACUGCCGACAACCAGAUUUCGGACGCAGAGUGGGACGACAUGUUGGAGGGAUUUGAUGAGCGAGGUUACCUGAGCGCCCGGCGCUGGAAGCCCGGUGACGACCCGUACACGCUGUACGCCUUCAACCAGAGGGAGAGCGAACGCAUCCCCAGCAACCGAGCCCUGAGAGACACACGGCACUACAGUGUGUUGAACAGGACUCCAGUUCAUCUCAUCCAUGACAUAAUCCUGGUGGACGACUUCAGUGACGACGAAAGUGACUGCCAGCUUCUCACCAAACUGCCCAAAGUCAAAUGUCUUCGCAACAACAAGAGAGAGGGUCUGAUCAGGUCCAGAGUGCGGGGGGCCGAUACUGCGAGGGCCGGGGUCCUCACCUUCCUGGACAGUCACUGCGAGGUCAACAAGGACUGGCUGCCCCCCCUGCUGCAGACGAUCAAACAGGACCCAACCUGUGUGGUCAGCCCAGUCAUCGACAUCAUCAACAUGGAUACUUUUGCCUACGUGGCGGCCUCCGCUGAUCUCCGGGGAGGUUUUGAUUGGAGUCUCCAUUUCAAGUGGGAGCAACUGUCCCCUGAACAAAGAGCUCUUCGGACCGACCCGACCCAACCAAUCAAGACUCCCAUCAUUGCAGGCGGGCUCUUUGUGAUUGACAGGUCCUGGUUCAACCACCUCGGCAAAUACGACACUGCCAUGGACAUUUGGGGCGGAGAGAACUUCGGUGAGUCAGAAGAGGAAAAAUAA